UAUGGUCCUUGAUAGCGGUGAAGCUCGAUACGACUUUACCAGUGCAGCGGGAGGACUGCAUAGCUUUCAUAAGACCCCUUGACGAAUAUUUGACGACAAACCAGCAGCUCUGGAAAGCUAUACGACCCUCUCACGACCACUCAAUCACUCGCCUCGCUCCGACCCUCCAAUCCGCUCCGACUCAAUGUCCUCCUUCCUCAACUCCAUAGGAAGGCUCAGAGCUCCCAAGCGAUCACCUAAUCAAACACCUACAGCCGGAAAUGGAUUCUUUGACCCUCCAUCACCCGGUGCCGAGCUGACUGGUUCACCUCCAUCUCCAUCUUCCGCUCCUAAACCAUUGUAUCUCUGCCAGCCAUUCGUCAAAGCUGCAUUAGUGAAAGGAUCCUUCAAGACCAUUGUCGCGCCUCCGAAAUACGUCGACGUUAACGAAUGGGUAGCUGUGAACCUAUUCGACUUCUAUCACAAUCUCAACCACUUUUAUGGCGUCUUGACAGAGUUCUGCACCCUCAAUAACUGUCCGACCAUGUCGGCUGGACCGACACUCAACUUCUUAUGGCCUGACCAAAAUCAACGUCUGGUCUCCUUACCAGCACCGACGUACAUUGACUUCGUCAUGUCCUGGCUUCAAAAGCUGCUAGAUGACGAGACAGUCUUUCCUACAAAGUCGGGCCGAGAAUUCCCAUCUUCCUUUGCAUAUACUGCAAAACACAUCUACAAACACCUCUUCAGGAUAUUUGCCCAUCUCUACCACGCUCACUUCGAGCAAAUCAUUCAUCUUUCCAUUGAAGCACACUUCAAUUCGUUGUUUGCUCAUUUCCUCGCGUUCGGCAAAGAGUUUGAUCUGUUGGUCAUGCAGGAUUUGAUGACACAGCAAGGAAUGGGACAGGGCGUAGCUGAAUUGGGGGAGAAGUGGAGAGACAUGGGUAUCUUGGAGACUUGAUGGGCGGAUGUGGAACAGUUCCCGCUCCUAGGGUUCUGGAGGUGGACUUUAGUUAUCCUAUUGUAGUAUCAGUCAUCUGCGUGUGUGUGUGUGUGAUUUCCAACCGAUGCA